GCAGAUUUUGCAGGUGUCUCAGGCGAGCGAGGGCGAACAAACAAGCGCAAAGCAGCGACACACUUGUCACACACCCAUCAUCGCACACACACGCCACGACCAAGGCAGGUCAAGAGCCGACAGCCAAGAACAACAACCGCAAAACCGACAUGGACACGUCUCCAGACACCAACGCAGGGAUGGACCCCAAGGCGCAAGCUGCGGCGCUGAAGGAGCAGGCCAAUGCCGCGUACAAGAGCCACGACUUUUACAAGGCCGUCGACCUGUACACCAACGCUAUCCGGUUGGAUGGUGAAUGUGGCAUCUACUACAACAACCGCGCUGCGGCAUACAUUCAGCUCAGGCGGUACUCCGACGCCCUGAAGGAUGCCCUCGCCGCCAUCCGCAUCGAUAACACCAACAUCAAGUUCUAUCUUCGUGCUGCCAAGUGCUACACGGGCCUGGGUCGCUUCUCCGAUGCACGCCGCUACAUUGCCGAUGCGCAGAAGAUUGACGCCACAAACAAGCAGGCCAAGACACUGCUUGCCGAUAUUGAACACGCAGAGCAGUUUGUUACCCGCUCCCAGCAAGCAGAGGAGUCGAAGCACUACAACAACGCCCUCUCCCAGCUCGAGCGCGCGCUUGAGAUUGCGCCGAGCAGCAGCGACCUAAAGCUGAAGAAGGCAGACGUGCUCAUCAAGGCCGACCGUGUUGGCGAGGCGUCCCGCAUCGCUUCUGGGGUGCUGCAGGAGAACAGCAUGAACUCGGACGCCCUAUACACGCGCGGCAUCUGUAUGCUCCACACCGGUGACAUGGACCAAGCGCUUGCCCACUUCAAGCGCGCCCUGCAGAGCAACCCCGACCACUCCCGCAGCAGGACAAAGCUGAAGGAGGUGAAGGCGAUUGCGUCCAAGAAAGAGGAAGGAAACGCCGCUUUCAAGUCCGGAAAAUAUGAAGAAGCCCUCGAGCUCUACAACCAGAUUCUGGCCCAGACGGAAGGGCUGAAGCUGUUCAAUGCAAAAAUCUUCUUCAACCGCGGCAUUGUGCAGUGGAAGCUGGGCAACCUGGAGGAAGCUGCGGAGAACUGCACGCGAGCGCUGGAGUGCGACGAGUCGUACACAAAAGCCCUCCUGAAGCGCGCGGAGAUCAACAUGCAGAUGGAGGAGUUUGAGGCUGCCGUUCGCGACUACGAGCAGGCUAGCGAGGCAGACCCGUCAAACAGAGACCUGCGCGAGAAGGUGCGCCACGCCAAGCUCGAGCUGAAGAAGAGCAAACGCAAAAACUACUACAAGAUCCUCGGCGUCGGCAAGGAUGCCUCUGAUCGGGAGAUCAAGAAGGCGUACAAGAAGGCUGCGCUGACGUGCCACCCUGAUCGCGUACCCCCGGAGGAGAAGGACGACGCUGAGAAGAAGUUCAAGGAGGUUGGUGAGGCAUACAACGUGCUCUCCGAUCCGCAGAAGAAGAUGCGCUACGACAACGGCGAGGAUCUGGAGGACAUGCAGAGCGGCUUCCCUGGCGGCGGCGGCGGCGGUGUUGAUGUGCACGACCUCUUUGCACAGAUGUUUGGUGGUGGCAUGGGUGGUGGCAUGGGUGGUGGCGGCUUCCACUCUCGCGGCUUCCAUGGUGGUGGCUUCCCCUUCUAAGCAACCAACCAAUCCCAUCCAACCAAUCCAACCACCCAACCAACCAAUCCAACCAGGCAACCAACCAGCCAACCGUCAAAGCAACCUUCAAUUCUCCCCUCUCCUGUUGUUUGCGAUGCACUCCUUUUGUUGUCAGGGCACCUAUCGAAUUGCAUUGUUUGGUCCAAGUCUUUGUUUGCUCUGUCUUCUGUUUGGUUCGUUUGCUUGUGCUGUCGCUUGGCGUUAGUUGUUAGACAGUGAAUCGAUAGACACACAAAGCACACCGC